GCCGCCGCUUCUCUGCAGCACGCGGACCCGGCGCGCGCGGAACCCGGCGCUCCUGGGUCUUGGGAGCGACGGAGACCUGAAGGCGCAGGAGCCAGACCGAGCUCUUCCUGAGGCGCCUGCGCACUAACGGGCGCCCCUGUUAACAGCCCCUUCCUCCCUGAGAUUCGCGCUACCCGAGGCGCUCCGAGGGUGCUCGGCUGCCCCGCGCGCGACUGCGGAACAGUUUUACAGCUCGUGGGGACUCAGCGGGCGACGGAGUGUGACACAUGUCCUCGGAUUGGACACCUCAGCCGCCGUCGAUGUAACUCCCUUUCCGAUUGGUUGGAUUCAGAAUCUCUUCAUUCUGAGCUCUGAAACCAAUGCAGCUUAGCUGUGGGAGAAGGAUUGGAAACUAACACUGAACACGCCUGUCUAAUCUGUCAGGCUCUGAGGCUUCACACGUAUCUUUUUCAUUUAAACUUUCCAACAACACUUUGAGGAAGGUGUUAUUUACAUUUUUGCAAAUAAGGAAACCAAGCCUCAGAAAAGGCUUCUAGGACCUUUAGGACUUUUCCCAGAUUGUAUAAAGUAGACAGCACCGAGGUGGACCAACUAUUGUAAUGACGAGUCAAGAUAUGGACGACUGUUCACAAUUUGAAAAUUAGAGUGACUCAGUUCUACAAUGUUUGAAAAACCCUGUGUAAACUGACCAAACUGAGUCUUUGUACAUGCAAAACAGAAGACUAGACUUUGGCCCCACAGUUAUCCAAGACAAUGGGCAGGGCUGCUGUAGUCCCAGUUGGAUCCUUUCUGUGGAAUAGCUAAUUUGUAAAUUUCCUCCAUUGUACAUGCAGACCUACUCAGGUCUGCCUGCAAAAGGAUCCACCAAAUCAACAAGCAUGAAUGAUGAAGACGGCAGCACCAUCUAUGACAGAAUCCAAAAAGAGAGGACAUAUGAGGAUUCAGACCAGCCAGCAGAAGACAAAGGUCCCCUUUACAAUGAUGUCCAUGAAGACUUGAAGGCAGAAGCCAAUUUAUAUGCCACUGAGUUGGAAACCCAUGGGUACGACUCUGUGGCCAUUUAUGCUGUUGUUGGUCAGGAGAGCACCUCAGCCUCUUUUCAACGAGAAACAGGAGAAUACCUCCUGCCUGAAAAAGUAUACCCUGAGGCUCAGCAUCCUCAACCUGGGGAGCCCCAGGAGAAUGGAAGUGAGAUGGAAGCAGAUCCGACUCCUCCUUCCAGCUUCACCAUCCAGCACAGCAGAGCCUUCUCCACCAGCGAGGACUCCCCUACCUGCUAUUCUGCUGAUGAUGUUUCAGAAGAAAACGAAUCAGGUUCCACUAACCCUGAGGUUAACCUCUUUGUGAAGGCUGGAAUCGAUGGGGAAAGCAUUGGCAACUGUCCCUUCUCCCAGCGCCUCUUUAUGAUCCUCUGGCUGAAAGGAGUUGUGUUCAAUGUCACCACUGUGGAUCUGAAAAGAAAGCCAGCUGACCUGCACAACCUCGCCCCUGGCACCCAUCCGCCCUUCCUGACCUUCAACGGAGACGUGAAGACGGACGUCAAUAAGAUCGAGGAGUUCCUGGAGGAGACUUUGACCCCCGAGAAGUACCCCAAAUUGGCUGCGAAGCACCGGGAAUCCAACACAGCGGGCAUCGACAUCUUCUCCAAGUUCUCCGCCUACAUCAAAAACACAAAGCAGCAGAACAACGCUGCCCUUGAGCGAGGCCUGACCAAGGCACUGAAGAAACUGGAUGACUACCUGAGCACCCCUCUGCCGGAGGAGAUCGACUCCAGCACUUGCGGGGACGAUGACAAGGGCUCCCGGCGCAAGUUCCUGGAUGGAGACGAGCUGACCCUGGCCGACUGCAACCUGCUGCCCAAGCUCCAUGUGGUCAAGACUGUGGCCAAGAAAUACCGCAACUACGAUUUCCCGGCUGAGAUGACGGGCUUGUGGCGGUACCUUAAGAACGCCUAUGCCCGGGACGAGUUCACCAACACCUGCGCGGCCGACAGUGAGAUUGAGUUGGCCUAUGCGGAUGUGGCCAAGCGCCUCAGCCGAUCCUGAACUUGGCCGUCUUGCCCCAUCACUGCUGCAGAAAGACUCACCAUCUCCCCAAGGACUCCAGCUUCACGGACUCCUUUUCCACGGCACCUCCAGAAACUUCUGUUUUUAUCAGGCCGCAUCUUGCUGGCAUCACUGGAACCCCAGCCUGCUGUCUUUGAUGAAGGUCGGCACCACCCCCAUCUGAUCAGGCAGGAACCUGCAAGCAGAAAUGAGAGGAACCGUCAAGCUCUCAGCCUUUCGGGCCUGGGCUGGGUUCAGUGUAUCUGGGGUCAGUGCGGGAGAACGAACCCGUCUGUGGGAUUGCCACUGGCCCCUUUUGCCAAUAUCAAAAUAUCUCCUAGGCUGUGUUAGACACGUGCAACACCCUGUCCUCGUCCACUCACCUCUUUGUCAGUAACUCCAAGGCCAAGGCCAAACGCCAUCUUAGUUCUCAUUAGAAAGAGAUGCAGCGCUUUUUAGGGGGAGACAGAGAGUGAAUGGAAAGAAUGGAGCAGGUGUCCAUUUGGGCAUCCGGCAGACACACCUCCAGUCACUCACCACUUUCUGGCACUCCUGUCCCUUCGGGCACUGAAGGCCAGAUUGGAAAACUAUUUCAGACACAGUCUCAGUUUGCUGCAGUGCCAGGCGCAGUCUGAUGCUAUCAGGUACCUGGCUUGAUGCUGAUCUCCAUUUUUAUCUGUCCAGGCCUUGCCAGGAAGGGCAAUUGGCAUGUAAU